AUGUUUAAACUUUGUUUUUCCACUUUCAAGCCCCCGGAGCUGUCCCCGGGGCCGCCCCCCGCCCCCGCGGCCGAGCAGAGCCCGCACUCGCUGCGCAAAGGGGCCAAGAAGCUGGCGCCCAUCCCGUCCCCGGCCAGCCUGUCCCCCACGCCCCCCAGCACCCCGUCCCCGUACGGCGCCCCCGGGGCUCCCCCCGGGGCUCCCCCCGCGGCCGGGCCGCCCNGCCUGGACACCGCGGGCCCCGGCGACGGCGCGCUCGCAGGUCUGCUCCGUUUUGAGGUCCCCUCCCUCCACGUGUCCCCGGAGUCCGCCCUGUGCCGGGACCCGCCCGAGGCAGCUCAGAGACUCUCGGGGCCGAGCCUGACCCCGCGGCAGGAGGAGGAGGAGGAGGAGGAGGAGGAAUCGGAGAGCACAGCCCUAUGACAGUGUCCCUGUCCCCCGGCUCACCCGCGCGGCGCCCAGGGGCCAGCACCGGCCACCGAGGGCCACGGGCCACCUCGGGUGGCAAAGCGCCCGGUUUGGGGGCGGCCGCUCUUCUUUAGUUCAUUUUUGUUCGCCUUAUCCAGACUUUGCCUUCGAACCGGGUGCCUGCCCCCCGCCCCGCAGCACCCACGGCCCUGGGGCGAUGCCACCACGUCCUCCGUGCCCCGAGGCGGGUGCCACGGGCUGCUGGCCAGGUGACAAGGAGCUCGCCGGCGCUUUGCAGUGGGAUUUCCUUUCUUCGGCUUCUUCCCCCUCCGCUUGUUUGGGAGCAGGAUGGGACCUGACCAGCAAUAACCUGGGGAUGCAGGACGUGCCCCCCGGCUCUCGGGGUGCUGGCGGGGGAGGCGCACGUCCCUCGGCACCCGUUUCCCCGGGGGUUGGUGGCUUUGGUCGUGCAUGCACAGACAAAUUAACCUUUUAUCCUUUCCAGAGAGAGCAGAUCUGUAUAUAUAUAUCGGCAGAGAUAUAUAUAUAUAUAUUCUAUAUUUGUAUAUAGAGAGAGAAACUAUAGAGAGAUUUGUUUUACGUGGAGCCAUUCCCGCCCGGCCGGGGCGAGAGGGAGGAUGGAAACGGCAGCGCUUCGCCCCCGCCCCGCUCGCGCCGUGCCCCCCGCCCCAGGUGGGCACCGGGGGGCACCAGCACCCCAAAGCAAUCAAUAAAUCCAAUAAAUCCGUGUGCCACUCGCUGA